UCUAGACGGGAACCGGAGGCAAGACAUUCACCUGCGUGCUGGUCUUGCUUCGCCGAAUGCGUUACUAUAUGUAUCGAUCUGUCACAGCCCAAGGAAGACACGAUCGGUCGCCUUUACCAUACGCUCAAACUUUUAGGGUUCUACAGCGGCUCUGAUAAGGCUGUUCAAAAAGCAGCAAUGCCUGGAGUUAUGCCCCAUGAUAUCAUUGAUUUGGAUUAUGAUCUCAUGGAUGGAGAAGUUGGACUCAACGAAGUUGAGCUAAAUGAAGUUGAGGGGGUGUUUGAUUCUGUUUGUGCAUUUUGCGACGAUGGUGGUGAGAUUUUAUGUUGUGAGGGAAGGUGCAUGAGAUCGUUUCAUGCAACUGUAGAGGCUAGUGCGAAUAUGUGUCCCUCUCUUGGCUUUUUGCUUGGAGAAUUACAUGGGCUUCCGAGAUUGUCUGUAAAAACUGCAAGUACCAAAAGCAUCAGUGCUUUGCUUGCGGGAAGUUGGGCUCUUCUGAUGUGUUCUCAGGUGCUGAGGUCUUCCCCUGUAUUAGUGCUACAUGCAAUUAUUUUUAUCAUCCACAUUGUGUGGCAAAAUUGCUUUAUCGGGAGAAUAAAGCUGCUGCAGAAGAGCUUGAGAGGAAUAUUGUUGCAGGGGAUAUUUUACAUGCCAGAUCCAUAAGUGCUGUGUUUGUAAACAAGGAGAGAAUAAGGAGGACAGUCAAUUGCAGUUUGCUGUAUGUAGACGAUGCCCCAAGUCGUACCACAGGAAAUGCUUGCCAAGGGUGAUUGCUUUUGAAGAUAUAGAGGAGGAAGGUAUAAUAACAAGGGCUUGGGAAGGUCUAUUACCCGACCGUGUACUAAUAUUCUGCUUAAAUCAUGAGAUUGUUGAAGAACUUGGAGCUCCAAUAAUAGAUCACAUAAAAUUCCCUGGCAAUUAAGAUGGCACUCGAACAAAGGAAGGCAGCCAUGGAAGAAAAGCUGGGGGCCUAUACUGAUGAGGACGAGUUUACAUGCCAGAGAAUCUAGAGUCGGAGCCAGUAUUUAGAAUAUACUUUUAAUUAAGUGCUUUAGCACAGUAAGUAGUUAUGUUUACAUGUUAGUGUGAUGCUUUUGAAUUGAAGAAGUUUACUAUUUAAGUUUCUGUUUACGAGUUGUAUGGACGUUUUAUUAAUUAUGUUACUUAAGACUUGAUAUGCAGUAUUAUAACGACAAUGUCAAACCGUUUGUGAGGAAUUACUAGAUUA